CAUGUCGUAUUUAAGUCACGUGAUCGAUUUUGUCAGUCCCUCUUUUCGUUGUGUCUGAUUUGUAGCAAAGUAAUACCACACACACUUCAAAAUGGGAAAGGAAAAAUUUCAUAUUAACAUCGUGGUCAUUGGCCAUGUAGACUCUGGAAAGUCUACAACUACUGGUCACCUUAUUUACAAAUGUGGAGGUAUUGAUAAGAGAACCAUAGAGAAGUUUGAGAAGGAAGCUGCUGAGCUUGGUAAGGGUUCAUUCAAAUAUGCCUGGGUUUUGGAUAAGCUGAAAGCUGAACGGGAACGUGGUAUUACAAUAGAUAUCACCCUGUGGAAGUUUGAGACCCCAAAAUACUAUAUUACUGUUAUUGAUGCUCCUGGACAUCGUGAUUUCAUCAAGAAUAUGAUCACUGGAACAUCUCAGGCUGACUGUGCCGUGUUAAUUGUGGCUGCUGGAACUGGAGAAUUUGAAGCUGGCAUCUCAAAAAAUGGUCAAACUAGAGAACAUGCCUUGUUGGCCUAUACAUUGGGUGUGAAGCAGAUGAUUGUGGGGGUUAAUAAAAUGGACACCACAGAACCUCCCUACAGUGAAAAACGUUUUCAGGAAAUCCAAAAGGAAGUUAGUGCAUACAUUAAGAAAAUAGGUUACAACCCUGCCACUGUUGCUUUUGUUCCCAUAUCUGGGUGGAAUGGUGACAACAUGUUGGAGCCCAGUACCAACACUACAUGGUUCAAGGGCUUUAAGAUUGAACGCAAAAGUCAGGUAGUGGAAGGAAAAACUCUUCUUGGUGCUCUAGAUUGUAUAGAACCACCGUCUCGACCCACUGACAAGCAUCUUCGUCUUCCUCUUCAGGACGUUUACAAAAUUGGAGGCAUAGGAACUGUUCCUGUUGGCAGGGUUGAGACUGGUAUUUUGAAACCUGGGAUGGUGGUCACUUUUGCACCUGCCAUGAUUACCACUGAAGUUAAGUCUGUUGAAAUGCACCAUGAAUCUCUUACCGAGGCUUUACCAGGUGAUAAUGUUGGUUUUAAUGUAAAGAAUGUUUCUGUGAAGGAGCUUCGUCGUGGGUAUGUAGCAGGUGACAGUAAGAAUGAUCCCCCUCAAGCCACUUCUGAUUUUACAGCUCAGGUGAUUAUCCUAAACCACCCUGGUCAGAUCACCAAUGGAUAUGCCCCAGUUCUGGAUUGUCAUACAGCUCAUAUAGCUUGCAAGUUCAAGGAGAUCAAAGAAAAGUGUGAUAGACGUACUGGCAAAAAACUUGAGGAUAAUCCAAAGUUUAUAAAAUCUGGUGAUGCAGCUAUUGUGGAACUAGUUCCUUCAAAGCCCAUGUGUGUGGAGACCUUCACCAAUUACCCUCCCCUUGGUCGUUUUGCUGUCCGAGACAUGAGACAGACAGUGGCUGUAGGUGUGAUCAAGGCAAAGACAAAUAAAGAUGUAUCUGCUAAGCUGACCAAGGCUGCAGAAAAGGCUACUAAAAAGAAAUAGCUAGAAGUGGGGAACGUAGUAUUGAAUGCCAAAGUUACAGAACUGUUAACAGAAUCUGUCCUGGCUACCAGGAUUAGUGUUUAUUUUGAAAAAUGUAAGGAGUGUACAAAGCAGUUAAUUUUUUUCUCUAAAAGCAGAAUCUAUCUAUUUCGUGUUAUUAUAUUGUUUCUACACAUUUGGUUGCUUUGCCACAAGUUUCAUAGAAAAGAAUUCAGAAGAAAAGGUGACCAAUGCUAUUAUGUUGCCAGUUUGUACUUGUCACUAGUGUUUGUUAAAUAAAAAUGUUUUAAUCCAUGCU